AGUUCCGCACCUGCGCGGUGGCUGUCAGCUGACAGAUGUUCGCUGUCUCGGUUCGUGCGGCUGUGAAACACAAUCACCUGCGCGAUCAGAGCCGAUCAGCGCGAUGAGUGCCGGCACCCCGCGAUCACUGGCCUCGUCCGGGCAGAAAUCCAUCCAGGACAUCUGCCACCCUCUGUCCGCCGAGGAGAGCGCGCUGAGCCGCAUCCCAGAUGUGCUGAACCCCGGCAGCGCCGGAGAGAGGGACCUGAUCCUGCCCAAUGGGACUCCAGUAGACACCUCAAGCCCCGCCUCCUCUUCAUCUCUGCUGAACCGACUACAGCUCGAUGACGAUCUGGACGGAGAAACACGCGAUGAACAAAAAUAUAACAUCACAACAGAGUUUGACCUGCCUGAGUACUCGGUAAGGCGACGCUACCAGGACUUUGACUGGCUGAGGAACAAAUUAGAGGAAAGCCAACCCACCCACCUUAUUCCAACCACCAGAACAGAGUUUGACCUGCCUGAGUACUCGGUAAGGCGACGCUACCAGGACUUUGACUGGCUGAGGAACAAAUUAGAGGAAAGCCAACCCACCCACCUUAUUCCACCUUUGCCUGAGAAGUUUGUUAUGAAGGGAGUGGUGGACCGCUUCUCAGAGGAGUUUGUGGAGACCAGGAGAAAGGCACUAGACAAGUUCCUCAAACGUGUAGCAGACCAUCCGGUGCUCUCUUUCAAUGAACACUUCAAUGCAUUUCUCUCAGCAAAGGACUUGAAUAAGCGUCAAGGCCUGGCUCUGCUGACUAAAAUGGGGGAAUCUGUGAAGUAUGUGACAGGCGGUUAUAAAGUGAGGGCACGGCCGGUGGAGUUUGCCGCCAUGGGUGACUAUCUGGACUUGUUCACACAGAAACUGGGCACCAUUGACAGGAUAGCACAGCGAAUCAUCAAAGAGCAAUCAGAGUUCCUGAUGGAGUUGAGAGAGUACGGGCCGGUCUACUCCUCCUGGUCGUCUUUUGAGGAGGACCUCCAUGAUCCUCUGGAGGGGGUGUCGGGGUGCGUGUCGAACUGCUCCAGCGCUCUGGAGGAGCUCACGGAGGACAUGAGCGAAGACUUUCUCCCUGUGCUCAGAGAAUACGUCCUGUACAUCGAGUCCAUGAAGAAUGUGCUGAAGAAGAGAGACCAAGUUCAAGCUGAGUAUGAAACCAAGUUGGAGGCAGUCGUGUUCAGGGAGGACAAAAAGACACCGGUGCCCUCUGAUGUGGAGAAGUGUCAGGACCGUGUGGAGUGUUUCAACGCUGACCUGAAGGCCGACUGGGACCGCUGGGAGAACAACAAGCGGCAGGACUUCAGACAGCUGCUGACGGGCAUGUCCAACAAAAACAUCCUGUACUACGAGAAGUGCCUUGCAGCAUGGGAGUCCCUCAUUCCACUGUUACAAGACAAACAGGAGGCAAAGGGAGAAACGAACUGAGCGUGUUUCAGCCAGCAGAGCUUUCACGGGACGCUACUGGAGCGGACGAGCUCCGAGAAUUCAUUUUUGUAAAGUGUCUUUAUUUGUUAAAGCCCAUGCAACCACCUCUCUCUUGUUCUCUCUCUUUUGUUGUGGAAGGAGAAUUUGUAGUUUCCUCGUCUCAAGCUCGGGCUAGACCUGCAGAAGAAACGCUAAACACUUAACGGCUUCGGGAAACCACAAACGGUCGCGAGGAGUUUUUGGUGACGUCAACAAAUGUGUCGUUUUUAGUGAAAUGUUUGCCUGUUACCCUUUUGUAAAUGCUUGUCUUUUGAUGCUGAUCCGUCCAAGGGAACCGAGACGUCAGUGUUCUUGUUUUUUUUGGUUCACGUUCACGAACAGUCCUCUUGCCAAAGAUGUGGAACUGAAGUUUGAUAUCUCCUUUGCUUUUUUCCGGAAGAUUUCUUGGCCACUGGCAUCACAAAAGCCUUGCCUGGAUCGGCCGUUCCCUCGUUACACUCUAAACUAAGCUGUUGCGUUUUCUCAGCCAUACUUGACCUCAUUAAAUAUUUAUGACAAAAUAUGUGUCAUAAUGAUUUGUACUUGUCUUAAUGGGGCAGUAAAUGUGUUUGAGAUAUCUAGUCGAGUGAGGUGAAUGUAAUGUGGGACGUUUCCUGUGAAACUCUGGGAUACUAAUGGAGAGCGGUUCAUCUCCAGUAAUAUACACACAUUCUGAAAUUCAAAGCUUUUAGUAAAUGCAUUAUGGUAAUGUUUUUGGCAGCUGUUACAUCGCUGGUUAUGCAGUGCAGGAUUGUAAUGCGUUACU